CCUCCUCUGUGCUACUCGCGCGUAAUUUCUUCAUUCACAUUUCUGCCACGAAAUUACAUAAUAAUCUCGACGAGACUGCAUGUGCGAAAUAAAGGCGUCGAGGGGCUGGAGGGGCGAGGAGAAAUCGCAAAGGAUACCUCGCGACACCUCGUGGCUGCGUUCCUUGCCCGAAUACCUCGACGUUCCGUUUCGACAACGGAGAAUUCAGGCUGUUGCAUAAUCUCCCUCGGUUUUGAGGGCAAGGAAGGACAGUCAUGGGCAACGCUCUUACCGCGGCGUCUGUAUCAGCGGCCGACGUGAUAGCAUCGCUGUCUCAACAAGUCGCCAAGCUAGAGUCUCACGGGACGAAGGAGAGACAGGUCGAACCGCCAGCGGAAUGUCCCAUGCACAAAUCGGGUCAAUUUAACACUAUAAGCUACACCAGCGAGUGUCCGAUAGAUAAAAUGGACGAAAGUGAAAUAAAUCCUCUAAAUAUGAUGCCACCGGCGAAUCAGCAGCCUGCUCCAGACCAGCCGUUCCCUUUGCCGACCGACAGGCAGGUGUCGACGAUACCUAAAGCGAUCGGGCAGGAGGGAGAAUUCUGGAUAUAUCCCUCUCAACAGAUGUUCUGGAAUGCCAUGCUGCGGAAGGGAUGGCGGUGGAAAAACGACGACAUCUCCCAGAAGGACAUGGACGACAUAAUCAAAAUUCACAAUGCCAAUAACGAGCAGGCCUGGCUGGAGGUUCUCAAGUGGGAGGCCCUUCACGCGCGAGAGUGCGGCAAUCCCAAGCUGCGCAGCUUCGGCGGGAAAGCGACCAAGUACUCCCCGCGCGCGCGCAUUCGCCAUUGGAUGGGGUACGAACUGCCAUUCGACCGGCACGAUUGGAUCGUAGAUCGCUGCGGUAAGAACGUGAGAUACGUUAUCGAUUACUACGACGGCGGGAAGGUCAACGACAAGUACACGUUCGCGCUGCUCGACGUGAGACCUGCGAUGGACUCGUGGGACAACAUCUGGGAUCGGAUGAAAGUGGCGUGGUGGCGUUGGCGAUACCAGUCCAACGACGAACCAGUGUCCACUGCCACGGUGCAUUAGCUCUUAGGUGCCAGUAUGAGAUAACGCUAACCCGAGGAACUUUCACUGAAUUAACAAUUAAUAUGCCUUAAUGAUCGCGCGACAUAACGCUUGUUUUAUGUGGCGAGACAGAUCGCGUUAUACAUACAACUUGUGUAUAUACUAGUCGUAUACAUAAGUAUCGUAAAUACAAGUUUAUGAUAUUUAGUUAGCAAAAUAACAGCAAUUAUUAAAGGGAAUUUAAAAAAGCAUUCGUGAUAUUCAUGAUAAUAAAUUUUAUAUAUAUCUUACAAACAUACAUACGUGUGCACAUAUCUUUUUCGUCCAUUAUACAUAAAUCGAUUAUAAUUUAUCUGUAGUGUCGAGUAGUGAUUGAAAAUAAUUUAAUGGCGAAUUUGUUCUGAAUCAUAGAAUUGUACUUAAAUUAUGUAUUAUAACAUCAAUCUGAUUUAUAUAUAAAAAACAUUCUUAAAUACUUAAUUUUACGAUUGUAAGUUAUUUUGUUAAUAUUGCGACAUUUAGGAACUUAUUGCCAAUAUACAUCGAAUACUCUCUAUUUUAAUCUUAAGGCUAACAAUAAGUAUUCAAAGACCCUAGAUAAAAAAAUUGUAUUUAUUUAUAUUUAUCUUGUAGAUGAUAUGUUAAUCUUUCAUGAGUAUGUACCUCUAAUUUUAUAUCAUAAUUGUUUUAUUUAUUUAUUUUUAAUCAUUACUGCUUUUUUCCUUAUCAUAAAGCGAGGAAAAUUUAUUAUAAGACUUGCACUUAUUAAUGGACUUCAAACUUCAUUUAAUAAAAAAUUAGAAUAAAUUGAUCAAAAAGUAUUAAAGCAUUCGUAUUAUCGCUACUUUUACGAAUUACUUAAUUGCACGGCUUAAAUUAGGAGAUAAAUAAUUUGACAAAUAUUCACUUUUAUACAUUGUAUUAUUUUAUUGUCAAUAUAUAUAGCUCCAUUUAUCUUUCCAUUUAUAACAUUUAUCUUUCUAUUUAUAAUAUUUAUCUUUUCAUUUACAAUAUUUAGCUCCAUUUAUAACAUUUACAGUUGUACAGCAGAAUGUUUAGUAACUUUGUACAUCUUAUAACUAAAGUUACAUAACUUCGUCCAAAUGGAUUGACGAUUAUUAAUUGUAGGAAAGUUCAGAUAUUGUUGAAGCUCAACAGGCAAUUACAAGGGUACUGUUAGACCAAAAAUAUAAACUUUAAAUAUAAUAAUAUGUGAUACAUAUAAUUUGGAAUAUAAGUAUAUUCGGCAGCAUUGAAUCAAAAUUGUACUUCAUUUUCUAAGUAAGAAUACAUGUAACAUUAAUCGUUGGUCAUUAAAAAUAAUUUUAUUUUUACAAAUGUUCAUAUAUGUACAUAUAUUAAUGGCAGUUAAUGGGAGCUAUAUUCUUCACUGACAUUGGUGUAAAUUAUUGGACAAACAUCUUUCCAAGUAAAAUAUUCAAUACUUAAAAAGAAAAAUGAAUAUAUAUUUUAUAUACUUAUAAAAAUUUAUAAUCAAUAGAUUAUAUAUAAGCCAAAAUUGGUGUUACUCUAUGUAUUCCUAUAGUUGCAUAUAUGCAUACAUUAAUGCUGAUAGAUACAUCACACUAAUAUAUGCAUAAAUUAUAAUUAUAAUUCUAACUAUAAUAUAA